GAGCGCAGUACUGCACAGACCAGUAGUGCUAGAAGGAGGCGUGUGACAGCAGCACUCCGCUAAAAUCGAAAACAACCCGAGUGUGUGUUUGUGGUCAAAUAAACAGCAGCCGUGCCCCGCCGCGCCCCCACCCCCAGCGGAGCCGUCAUGUGGCAAGAGGCCCGCAAACAUGAGCGCAAGCUCCGUGGCAUGAUGGUAGAUUACAAACGCCGAGGGGAGCGACGGCGAGAGUACUACGAGAAAAUAAAAAAAGAUCCAGCUCAGUUUCUCCAGGUUCAUGGCCGAGCUUACAAGAUUCAUCUGGAUCCUGCUGUGGCGAUGGCUGCAGAGAGCCCAAUCAACAUGAUGCCAUGGCAAGGAGAUGCCAAUAACAUGAUUGACAGGUUUGACGUAAGGGCUCACCUGGACUACAUCCCCACCUACACACCUCCCCUGCUUAGCACAUCGACCCCAGACCAGGAGAUGGAAGAGAGGAAGUGCAAUUAUGAGCGAUACAGAGGCCUAGUGCAGAAUGACUUUGCCAACAUCUCUGAGGAGCAGUGUUUAUACCAGAUCUACCUGGAUGAACUCUACGGUGGCCUGCAGAAACCAAAUGAGGACGAGAAGAAAAAACUGGCUGAAAAGAAGGCCACCAUUGGUUACACGUAUGAGGACAGCACUGUGACGGAGCCCGACCCCCAGUCAGACAAAGAUGAGGAUGAUUCAGAGAACAGCGAAUCCGAAGAGGACGAGGGCAUCCCAGAUAUUGAUGUGGAGGUUGAUGUCGAUGAGCUGAACGAGGAACAGGUUUUGGACGUCAACAAAAUGGCAACCCCGUAUGGAAUGGCUGAAGGCGACUUUGUUAGGAUGUUGAGGAAAGACAAGGAGGAAGUGGAGGCCAUCAAACAUGCCAAAGCUCUGGAGGCGGAGAAGGCCAUGUACUCUGGCCGGCGUUCUCGCAGACAAAGAAGAGAGUUCAGAGAGAAGAGACUAAAAGGUAGACAGAUCAGCCCACCAAGCUAUGCCAGGAGAGACAGCCCAACAUACGAUCCCUAUAAACGGCCAGAGUCGGAGUCGAGCUCUGAGUCGCGGUCGCGCUCUCGUUCUCCCGGUCCAGAGAAGAUCACCUUCAUCACCAGCUAUGGAGGCAGCGAUGAUGAAGCGGUGGCUGCGGCGGCGGCGGCGGCAGCGGCAGCAGCAGCAGUAGCGGCGGCGGCAGGAGCAGCAACAACACAAACAACCGCUCCUCACUCUGGACACGUCCCCUCCAACUUGCAGCACCCUGCAGGUCAUAGCAGGGGCUCCCGGAGACGGAGGUCAUCCUCCAGUCGCUCCCCUUCAUCCUCCUCCCGCUCAUCUUCUCGGUCCUCCUCUCAUUCAUCUUCCCGUUCCCGUCGUGCCCGACGUGGACGCGGGGGGAGGAACGGGCGGCGUUCCCGAUCACGUUCGAGACGGCGUUCCAAAUCUCACUCACGGGGUAGAGCAGGGAACGGAGGGGCCGCAUCCUGGAGGAGACGUGACCGGACACGAUCACGGUCCAACGACAGAGAACGAGAACGAGAGAGGGACAGGGACAAGGACAAGAGACGGUACUCAGCACGCAGACGGACGAGGUCCCGUUCCAGCUCGAGGCAGGGGGCCAGUUCGAGGCGAGGGGGUCGGGGGAGUGGAGGCCACCGGCGGGGAGACAGCGGCAGCCGCAGUCCCUCUCUGUCCCCCAGUCACCCAAACCACAGUCCGUCCCCUCACAGAGGAGCCCAGUCCUCUACCAACAUCAUCUGUGACAAGCUAAGAAAGCCUGAUACUCCGGGUGGUAAAGAGACGGAAGCUGCCAAACCCAAGAUGACCCCACAGGAGCGGCUGAAGCUACGAAUGCAGAAGGCACUCAACAAGCAGUCCAAGGCGGAUAAAAGAGCCGCUCAGGUGAAGAUCCAGCAGCAGGAACACAAACGACAGGAGCGAGAGGGAGAGCUACGAGCCAUGGCACGCAAGAUACGCAUGAAGGAGCGAGAGAGACGUGAGAAAGAGAGGGAUGAAUGGGAAAGACAGUACGGGAGACAAAGCCACUCGCCUUCUCCUUCCAAACAUGGCCGAGAACACAGCUCACACAGAAGGAAGUCACGGUCACGGUCACGGUCAAGGUCACGGUCAAGGAGUCCACACUACCGACACUGAGCUGUGUAAACAUGGACGCAUCCUACAGUGCCCUCAGUACAGAAGCUUGUACACAUACUGGCACGACAAUAUGAAGAGAUGGACUGACUAUGUCACAAAUCUUUAUCUGAACACUAUGUUCUCUGGUAUGUCCUCAGAAUAUAACAUUUUGACUAUGAUACCUUUUUAGUUUCACUAAUUUCACAGCUGAUUGGUUGAGCCAAGCUGAGUUUGAUCUGCCCUUUUAAUUUUUGCUUCAUCUUGUAAAGAGACUUCAGGUUUAUUAAAUGAGUUUUUUCUUCUGCAUGCUUCUUUUUUUUUCUCUUUUCUGCCUGAACAGUUCGUCUCAACUCGUCUGGAAGACGUCCGUUUGUAUUUCCAAGUACAUCAUACGAAGCAAUAUCUUAACUUUUACCUCACAUCGUCUUCAUGUCAGCCUUUUACUUUUCUCUAACAAGAAACGCUCGCACUAAAGAACAUUUUAAACAACUCAUGAGCUGAUGUACAGGAUAUUUAUACACAUCCAUUUAAAACUUCUUUAUCGAGGAAAACAGUUCAAGUAUGACUUCAAUCUAUCAACCGCUCUUUUUAUACUCUGUCUUCUGCCAACCGGUUAACAGCAGCAAAUUACUUUUUCUGUUUUCAGUAAUGUGGAAUGUUAAAUACAGAACAACAAAUAAAACUGACUUUGAAAUGA